GUCUGCGCUUAAUCAGUUCUCAAGCAAUCUUUACUCACCACUAAACAUUUCUCAACCUAAUUUCGAUAAUUAUAUUGGAACAAGUGUCAAAAGUGCUGAAUAAUGAAGUGUUUCUUCCUAAUGAUUAUUUCAAUCAUUGCUUUUAUACUACUUGUUCAAGCAGACGAAAACACCAAUCGUAUUGAAGAUGGCUUUGAUAAAUUGCCUUACAAGAAAUUUUUUUUUUUACCAUAUAAAACCAAAAGCAUUUGUACCUGUAUUCACCGAGAUUGGUGUGCUUCCUUAUCUGAAAUACAUACAGAAGUAACAUGUGAUGAUUUAUUACAUGUAUGCUGUACAGAAGCUAUUCAAGAUUAUUCAAAUGAGGUGAUCAAUGAGGAAACUAUUCAGGGGGUAGUUGAGAAGUUUAAUGAUGUGUAUGAUGAAAACUUUAAUGAGGAGUCAAGUAAAGAAUUAAGUGAGAAGUCAAGUGAGGAGUUAAUUGCGGAACCAACUGAAGAAUUAAUUGAGAAAUCAACUGAGAAACUAGUUGAGGAACCAACUGAAGAAUUAAUCGAAAAAUCAACUCAGAAAUUAAUUGGAGAACCAACGGAAGAAUUAAUCAAGUACUCAACUGAGGAAUUAGAGGGAAUAAACCUUUUUAAAAUAUAUAGGUCAGAUGCCAUACGUAAAUAACAAACUUUAACAUUAAUAAGAAGGUGUUGGAUAUAAAGGAUUAAUUUGUAUUUCAAAUUUUUAAUAAACUUGUAAUGAAGUUA